CUCUACACUGAUUCCGCUCGCACCACGGUCAAUCCUUGCCAUUUCACCUGGUUUCGACAGGAUCAGGUGAUUAUUAGCGCCCUCCUUAGUAGCUGUACCGACACAAUACAGCCACUCAUAUUCAUGGCUGAGACCUCUGCGGUUGCCUGUCAAAAUCUCACGACAAGUUUUGCAAGUGCCUCACGCGGUCGUGUGGUUUCCCUCAAGUCCAAGCUUUCAAAAAAUCCACGUGGCACUCGAUCGUUCCAGGAAUUCCUCAACGAUAUGCAGUCCAUUGCGAACGAUCUUUCCUUGGGCCAACAUCCUGUUCCUGAAAUGGACCUUAUUGUUCAUGUGCUAAAUCAGAUGGGUGAAGAAUAUGACUCGAUUGUGUCUGCUGCACGUGUUCGGGAAUCCCCUCUUCCGUUCACUGAACUUGGCGAUAUUCUCAAAGAGCAUGAAACCGAGCUUAAGCCUGCCAAAGAAUCAGAGCAGUCUCUAGUAGCCAUAGCGCAUGCGACCCAGCGUUCGUCUUUUGCAUCACAUGGCAGGCAACACUUUACAUAUGGGCGUCGCAUGUGCUCCCGGGAUGGCAAUUCACGAUGUGGAAAUUCCAGAGGAGUUUCUUUUUUCGGCCACGACAAUGGAGAAGGUAUGCUUGAUGACAGCUCUCUAAACUGGCAAAUCUCGGUUAUUGUUGAACUUGUUGAUCCGCGAUUGAAGUUUCUUGGGGAGUUAAAUCCAUCCGCAAUGGAAAACCCCGUGGACUUAGACCCAGAUCUUCAAAGUUUCGAAUCGGAAGUAGAAAACAGUAAGCCAAGAUCCGAUCCCGAUUUCCAUUCCACGAGCGCGCUUGAAAUUCUGAGAGAAACGGUGCGGGUUCUUCGGUUCAAUUCGACUGGGUUCUUAUCGAUCAUGGCGCUGUUGAUUUUCCCGGUCUCCGGCUUCCUUUUGUCCAAUGUCUUCGUUAACCAGUCCCUUGUGAAGAAACUUACAGUGAGGCUCUUGGUGCUUGUGAGAUCCAGUGGAAUUUCACUGGGGCCUUUUGUCGAACAGUUUGCCCGCAAGUCUUCGGAAAUGGUGGUAGCAGCCGCAGUGUCCUUCCCGCUGUGUGCUACGCUCUUGUUGCUCUCCAGAGCUGCCGUUGUUUACUCCGUUGACUGUACUUACUCGCGGGAGCUAUUCGAUUCUUUGAAGUUCUAUGUGAUGAUGACCAAGAUCUGGAAGCGAAUCGUCUUCACUUACUUGUGGGCAUCAACUGCCGUUUCAGGUUGUCUCACUUUGUUCCUCGUGGUCAUUGUUGCUAUAACCACCUUGUUUUCUAUGUUGGGGUUUCCUCCAAAUCUCAUCAUAUACCCUCCAAUCGUACUCGGAGUGAUCUUUGCAAUACUCCUAGCGAAUUGUAUAGUCAUUUGCAACAUUGCGAUUGUGGUUUCGGUGUUGGAAGAUGUAUUCGGACUUCAAGCAUUGCUCCGGUCCGUUUCCCUCAUCAAGGGGAAAACACGGGUUGGCCUUCUUGUGUGUUUUGGAACGACGGUCGGGUUGGAAUUCGUGAAGGGCUUGUUUGAUCGAAGGGUGAAGACUUUGAGUUAUGGGGAUGGAUCUUCAAGGCUAUGGGAAGGGCCACUUUUGGUGAUCAUGCACUCGUUCUUGCUGCUUUUGGACUCCAUGAUGUACGCCGUUCUCUACUUCUGUUGUAAAUCCAGUGGAACCAUAGAAACCCGUGAUGAAGAAGAGAGUCAACCGAUUCUGGAUGCCACGAAAUCUCCUUCAGACAUCAACUGAAGUCCAAUGAACUCUGCAAGUUUGGUAAAUGUGUGUUAUGUGUAUUAGAUAGAACCCAUAGAAGACACACUUGCAGCAAUGCAUCAAUGGUCUUGCAGAAAACAUUCUUUCUGUUUCUACAUGAGUAAGACUGUGCACAUCUUCUUGACCCAUAGAUCUCAAUGGAGUUGAGGACUUUGUUGUUGUGUACUAUACAGAAGACUUCUCAUGUGGCAUCAUUAGAUUUCUAGAAAACGGGACCCGCUCGAUACGUCUUGGAAGAACGAAAUCUAACGGUGCCACAUAGGGCAUUGUCGGAUUGUAUAUAGACGGUUAUGUCCACACAAAUUUUCAGUUUUGAAUCUGAAAAAAGUAUCUGUAUUUGGGCAUUGGUUUUGGGAUUAGGUUCAAGUAGGUGUUUCUUUCUUUUGUUAGCCCAAGUGAGAAUAAACAUUUAAUUUAGUUCUUUCUAGAUGCUUUUAUAUCAAUUCAUAUCGUUUUUAAUAGAACUGUAGUGUCAUGUACAUCAUCUGAAGCAACAAGAAGUCCAAGUUCUAGUGGAAUGAUAUUCGUUGUAUAUGAUUAUCAAAAGUCUUGUUGAGUGCCACAUCUGAUUUCCUACGACCAAAGGAACUUCUUUCUCAAAGAAUCCAACAUCUUACGAAUAGAAGACUGCCUCCUGGAACACUUGUGAGAAAGAACAAAAAAACAACUAAGAG